AUGCCCCCUCCUCCAGGCAGAUUCGGGCCCCAGGCCUUAGGCGCUCCUUAUACGCUUCAACAAGCUCAUCUUCAGUCCCAACAUCCUGCCCACGCCCAGUCCGCCAACACCGCUCUACCUCCCCCUUCGCUCGGUGGCCAUCCUGGUUUCGCCGGAAAUCCGAAUACCAAUAUGAACCCCUUCACCUUGUCCAGUGCCGGCGUGGCGAAUGGCAUGUCAGUCGCUGGGUUUGGAGGCGCCGGUGCUGAUGGUGGUGGCACCGGACUUGCCAGCCAUGCGGCUCAGAUGGGGUUCGCGCGUGGAGCACAGAUGCAACAACAGCAACUAAGUCAAGGUCAUGAUGGGCGAUUAUCACUCGAUGCAAAGGCUGGCGCUGUCAAGACUCGGAUUCGCGAUGUAUGGAAACACAAUUUGGCCCAUGAAAUGGCCGUUUUGAGACAGCUAGUGGACAAAUACCCAUAUAUCAGCAUGGAUACCGAGUUCCCAGGAAUUGUUGCGCGCCCGAUUGGAUCGUUCACGAACAAAGCCGACUACCAUUACCAAACCCUCCGAUGCAAUGUCGAUUUGUUGAAGAUGAUCCAGCUUGGGAUCACUUUGUUCAAUGAAGAUGGGGAGGUUCCUCCAGCUACAGCCACGGAUGCGAAUGGUCAACCAUACGGCAAUGCGAUGAUGCCCGCACCAUGCACAUGGCAGUUCAACUUCCGAUUCUCAUUGGAGGGUGACAUGUAUGCACAGGAGUCAACGCAGAUGCUGGCCAAGUCCGGAAUUGAUUUCAGCCUGCAUGAGAAAAACGGCAUUGAUCCCUUUGAAUUUGGUUCAUUGUUGAUCAGCUCCGGGCUUGUGCUGCUUGACGAUGUGCACUGGGUCUCUUUCCACUCUGGUUACGACUUUGGUUACCUGAUGAAGAUCAUGCUUUGCUCUGCCUUGCCCGAAAACGAAGAGGAGUUCCAUAAGCUUCUCACCAUUUUCUUCCCAUCUCUCUACGACAUCAAAUACCUCAUGAAGCACGCCGGUCGCAACCAAGCAGUGAAUGACUCCCCUCUCACACAAGCUGCCGCCCAGAUCCUUACCAACCUCGGCCAAAAAUCGGGUCUCCAAGACAUUGCGGAUGAGCUGGGUGUCAAGCGUAUCGGUAUUGCCCACCAGGCCGGAUCCGAUUCCCUGGUCACCGGCGAGAUCUAUUGGAAGAUGCGCCAGUUGGUCUUCAAUGGCAAGAUUGACGAGAGCAAGUAUUCAGGACAGAUCUGGGGUUUGAAUGGACAAAUGCCCGCAAUGAACUACCACAUGGCCCAGCAGACACCGAAUCUCAAUGGAGCCACCAUCUAUUCCGCCGCCGGAACGCCCAGCACUCCCAAUAACUCCCACACACCUCAGCAUCACUCUGGCUACCCAACGCCCGGCCGAUAG